CGCUGCUCGUCGCGUCGCGCCGCGACCUCGCGCAGCCACUCGCGCGCCAUCUGGCGGAAGAGCUAGGUACUAACUCGUUUCCAGAUGGCGCGUCUAGCCGUCUGUCUCUGCCGUACCAUGCGGAUUUUCAGUGUUUUUUUACCGAUCGAUAUUUUGCGAAAAUAUUUAUUAUGUACGGAUCUUUAAAUUCUCGUUCAGUUUGCCAUCUGAUGUAGAAUAAGUUUAAUGAUCCUUUUAUUUUUCUCGAAAAGCAUAUCUAAGAAGGUUAAGAUUUAUAAAUAAAAAAUAAAUAAAUAAUAUAUAUACUCAUUACGUCGUUGACUUGAUAUUUAUCAAGUCUGAGCUUGAUUUACUUAUGUAAAUUUCAUGGCUUUUUCACAAUCAAACUCGAGAGAAAUACAAAAUCGAAAGAUUUUAGAAGAAUUACAAUUGAAAAAGCAGAUUCUACUGAAGCAAGGAGUUGCACCGACUUUAAAUUCGUCAUUAGGUGUUUCGUCGACCGGUCCUGCGUCAAAUGUACCUCCGAUACAGUCUAAUGAUGGUGUGGCGAUGAGUGCAUCUCAAAGAGCAGCUUUGCACAACGCACAUGCAGCCUCAUUCGGUUACUUUGUGACACAGGAUUCUUCUUUUGGAAAUCUGAUAUUACCAGUUCUUCCUAGAUUUGAUAUCCUUGACGAGAUAAUGGCUAGUCUCCGACUUCGUCAAUUAGAAGAGUAUCUUCAACAAAUGGAUGUGUUUGAAAAGCCAAAAAUCUUGCUCGAGCAGUAUGCCACUAGUGCGCACAUUGCCUCACACAUGUUGUACACUGCGCAAUCGCAAUUUAACGAUAUAGAAGGUAAGAGUAUAGCAGAUUUAGGCUCUGGAUGCGGAAUAUUGUCACUGGGUGCCAAAAUGCUUGGUGCUGAAUACGUAGUUGGAUUCGAGAUAGAUUCGGAUGCAGUCAAUAUUCAAUACAGAAAUUGUACCGACAUAGAACUCUUUGUCGAAGUCGUUCAGUGUGAUGUACUGCAAUAUUUGCCAGGAAAAUUUGAGAAAUACUUUGAUACUGUUAUAAUGAAUCCACCUUUUGGCACUAAGAACAAUGUGGGUAUUGAUAUGAAAUUUCUCGAAGUGGCAUUGAAACUUUCAUCCAACGCGGUUUACUCGUUGCACAAGAGCAGCACGCGAGAUUACGUUCUCUCAAAAGUGAAACAGCUCGGCGCGGAAGGAAGAGUGAUAGCCGAACUUAGAUAUGAUCUACCAAAAGCUUACAAGUUCCAUAAGAAAGAUUCCGUCGACAUACAGGUGGAUUUUAUACGAUUUGAAGUGACGAAGCGCUGAUGGUUUUCAAUUUAUUCAAACUUGAUGCCCUGAGCCAGAGGCAGUUCGUUCCCGUGGUUGAUCGUGAUUGUCGCGCGUCGCAUGUAAUGCUUCCAUGCGUCACUUCCGCUUUCGCGACCACCGCCCGUAGCCUUCUCGCCGCCAAAUGCACCACCUAUCUCGGCGCCGCUAGUGCCUAUGUUGACAUUGACUAUGCCACAAUCUGAUCCGUGAGGACCGAUCCACUGCGUAAUGAGAGAUUCGAUAAGUUAAUUCAAUUACAUAUUUGAAACUAUUAUAUACGUGUCCGAUUAUAAAUACGUGUAUUAGUUGUAUAUAUACUUACCUGAAAUAUAUUUCCGAUGCUUUUAGUAAAGAGACUGCUGCUCAAUCCCUGUUCUACACCGUUGUUAAGAUCGAUAGCCUCCUCUAGGGAGUUCGCCUCCAGGAUGUAAACGAUCGGGGCGAAAGUUUCUUGUUGUACUAUUUCCGCUUCGGCUGAUAGACCCGAAAUAAUUGUCGGCUCGACAUAGAAACCGGGUCGUUCUAUUUGCUUUCCACCGAACUCUAUCGUGCCACCGGCUUUCACAGCUCUCUCAAUUGCUGCCUGUGAUCAAAAGUAUUGAGUUAAUCAGAGUUCUAUCUCGUUUUUUUUGUAUUAAUGGAGGAAAAAGAAAGAAAUGAACUUUUGCUCAACUUAAUACUUUGUCUGAAAGAUAUUGGAACUGCUGCAUUCCUUGCAUACCUUGUAUUGGUUAACAGCUUGUUGAUUAUGCAACGGUCCAUAAAGCACAUUGUCCUCCAAAGGAUCUCCGACUCGUUCUAGUAUACUUUUAUACGCUGUUUUUAAUUUUCCUAAAAAUGUUUUGCAAGCAUAACGUUAUUACAUUGCCCAAAAACGAUCAACAUUUGUAUUUAUAUUAUUGAUAAAUAAGAGUUCUGUAUCGCGAGUCGUCUCUACCUAAAAAUUCAUUCUUUAUUUUUUUGUGCAAUAUUAAUCUCCUGGUUGUAGUGCAUCUUUGUCCAGCUGUUCCAACGCACGAGAAGACCGCCGCUCUCACUGCCAUCUCCAAAUCCGCAUCUUGUGCAACUGUUGACAGAAGAGAAACAGUUACACAUAUGUUAACGCACACGAGAAGAAUUGAUUACUUCAUCAAGAGAUAUCCGUACCGAUCAACGCAUUGUUACCGCCAAGUUCCAGCAAGGAUCUUCCGAAUCUCUGCUGAACUUUGAGUGCCACUUGUCUUCCUACAUCUGUACUUCCGGUAAACGAAAUAAGAGAGUGUCCCCGACCUCCGACCCACCAGUGAUCAGGGAUGCGACCGAACCCGGGAUACCAUUACGUUCCAAAACACCCGCGAUUAUCUUGGUGGUUGCGAUGGCUACCAGAGAUGUGCUCGACGCUCCUUUCCAAACGAUGGUGUUACCGCAGACCAAUGCGAUAGCGCUGUUCCAGCCGUACACCUGAAACAAUUGGAGCGAAUCAAUACGAGGAUUCAUAAAGUAGUGCGAGGAGUCGAGUUCUGAAGAAUAUUUAUACUUACCGCUAUAGGAAAAUUGAACGCAGAGAUAACGCCGACCACACCCAGAGAAUUCCACUUCUCCAGGAGCGCGUGAUUCUUUCUCUCAGACGGAAAUAAGCUACCGGGCAGCAUUCGCGACAAUCCGACCGCGUAAUCGCAUAUGUCGAUGAAUUCCUGAACCUCGCCUAUACCCUCCGGUAAUAUCUUUCCUAUACAUGCAUGCGAUACACAUACAUAUAAUAUUUCAAUUAAUUAUAGAAAUAUAGACUGUUAUAAUGAGUUAAAAAAACAAUAAUUUACCCAUUUCUAAGGAUACUAAGGAUCCUAGCGGCUUCAAAUUUCUCCUCAGUUCAUCCCCUAUUUGCCGGACAAUAUCUCCUCUCGCUGGAAUCGGGAUAGAUGUCCAUUGUGGCCAUGCUUUACGCGCUUCCGUGAUAGCAUUGCUAGCUUCCUGAGGCGUAGAUUCCCGAAUCUUCGCUAUCACCUUGCCGGUCGCCGGUGAUAUGGAUUCUAUUAACUAUAUUUAAAAAUAUAUUUGUUUUAUUAAUCGUAUACAUCAUUUUGAGUGACAUACAAUAUGAUAUGUAUUUAAUUUUGUUGAAGAUUCUCAUAUCAUCGUUAUCAAUAUCGAUAAAAAGAUAAGAUCAUGUACCUUUCCAGAACCACCCCAUCUUCCAUCAUAGAGUCCGGGAUUCUCGAUGGUGAUGCCUAAUUGCUUUAAAAAUCCAUAUCUCGGAUCAGUCACCAGAUAUCUCGCCAUUUGGAAUCGGGGAACGCAGCUGCUACUUUUUCCUAACAAUACACGUGACAUUGCCAGUUAUUUGUUACUGGUUACUCUGACUCGUCGAGCAGCUGAUAUCAAUAAGUAGCUUGGGUUAUCAGGACGGUACUUUUUAUCAAGAGAAAGAAAGAGAGAGAGAAGAAGAAAAACACAAAGAUAUCUUACAUAAUCCAAAUAAACAGCCAAGACUAUCCAAA